GGAAAGGAUUUUCUCAGCCCCCAUCCCCAGCACUGCAUAUUGGCUGCACCCAUGAGAGCCUCAGCACUGUGAAGGUGCAGGGAGCAAAGGCCAAAAGAGCUCUGGCUUGAACUUGGGUGGUCCCUGCUGUGUGACUUGGGGCAUGGCCCUUAUCUGUGCUCAAAUGCUUCUGCGAAGAUUAAAGGCUAUCCUUUGUUGAUUUCCCCUUCUUACAUUUAAUCCUUGCAGGAGAAAGCUAAGCCUCAAGAUAGUUUGCUUCUCCUUCCCCCAAGGCCAAGGAGAAGGUGGAGCAAGGGCUGGGGUCAGGCAGGACAGGCUGAACAGGAACCCUGUGCUCUAAACAGUUAGGGUUUGUUUCCCAGGAACUAAACCCAAAGGAUCACCUGGUAUUCCCUGAGAGUACAGAUUUCUCUGGCGUGGCCCUCAAGGGACAGACAUGGCUCAACGGAUGACAACACAGCUGCUGCUCCUUCUAGUGUGGGUGGCUGUAGUAGGGGAGGCUCAGACAAGGACUGCACGGGCCAGGACUGAGCUUCUCAAUGUCUGCAUGAACGCCAAGCACCACAAGGAAAAGCCAGGCCCGGAGGACAAGUUGCAUGAGCAGUGUCGUCCCUGGAAGAAGAAUGCCUGCUGUUCUACCAACACCAGCCAGGAAGCCCAUAAGGAUGUUUCCUACCUAUAUAGAUUCAACUGGAACCACUGUGGAGAGAUGGCACCUGCCUGCAAACGGCAUUUCAUCCAGGACACCUGCCUCUACGAGUGCUCCCCCAACUUGGGGCCCUGGAUCCAGCAGGUGGAUCAGAGCUGGCGCAAAGAGCGGGUGCUGAACGUGCCCCUGUGCAAAGAGGACUGUGAGCAAUGGUGGGAAGAUUGUCGCACCUCCUACACCUGCAAGAGCAACUGGCACAAAGGCUGGAACUGGACCUCAGGGUUUAACAAGUGCCCAGUGGGAGCUGCCUGCCAACCUUUCCAUUUCUACUUCCCCACACCCACUGUUCUGUGCAAUGAAAUCUGGACUUACUCCUACAAGGUCAGCAACUACAGCCGAGGGAGUGGCCGCUGCAUCCAGAUGUGGUUCGACCCAGCCCAGGGCAACCCCAAUGAGGAAGUGGCGAGGUUCUAUGCUGCAGCCAUGAGUGGGGCUGGGCCCUGGGCAGCCUGGCCUCUCCUACUUAGCCUGGCCCUAACGCUGCUUUGGCUGCUAAGCUGACCUCCUUUUACCUUCUGAUACCUGGAAAUCUCUGCCCUAUUUAGCCCCAUAGCUCCCAACUAUUUGGUUCCUGCUCCCUGGUUGAGCCUCUGACAGCCACUUUGAAUAAACCGGACACCGCACAUGUGUCUUGAGAAUUAUUUGG